UGUAUAGACAUCUGUGACUGUGUACGAGGGAGAGAGAAAUUCGGAGUCUGUUUGGUUAUUCCUGGGUUAAGAUUCAGCUAUUAUGACUUUGGUGAACAUACACAGGAGUGUUCGGUGAAAAUAGAGAAAGAUCGAGCUUGAUUUAUAUUUAGAUAGCUUUACAUAUCAGCAUUUAGAAUUCAGUAAAAUAUCGAAAAAACUCUGAAAAAAACGAAAACAUAAAAAUGUCGGACCCCGAAUUGGAAGCGUUACGACAGCAACGUCUGGCUCAAUUGCAAGCUCAGUAUAAGGGUAACAAUGCCAAUGAUAAACAAGCGAUGGAAGAGAAAAUUCAACAAAUGGAAGAGAUGAAGCAUGUUAUAUUGACACAAGUGUUGGAUCAGUCGGCUAGAGCAAGAUUAAAUACGCUUCGCCUUGGAAAGCCUGAGAAGGGCAAAAUGGUGGAAGAAAUGCUUUUAAGCAUGGCACAACGCGGACAGCUACCUGGCAAACUUGGAGAGAAAGAAUUGAUCAACUUACUCGAAAGUGUGAACCAACAGACGCAAAAGAGGACGACAGUCAAAUUUGAUAGAAGAAGAGCGGCAAUGGAUUUCGACGAUGAUAUGGACUUGUAGCACGUGUACAAAUUCAAGAUCAUUUAAAUUAGAUAUUGCUCAUGGUUCACAUUUGCAGUAAGUUACAAUAUCCAUUACUUUUUGCUUAGUUAUGUUAUUUUUAUGCUGUAUUGAAAUAAAUAAAAAAACUACUAAUGCCAAUGGA